AUGGCAACAAACAAGAGCUCGUUGUCUAUACUAGUCACGGUUUUGAUCCUCAUGGCCAUGGUAAGUGAAUUGGCAAAUGCAAGUACUAUUACAGUAUGGGCUGGACCAGGCUGCAACAAUCGUGCUGAAAGGCAUUUGAAAUGUGGGUGCUCAAACAUUAAUCUACGAGGUGGUUACGAAUUUAGCUACGGAGGUCAAAGUGCUGCCAUGUAUUGGCAAUCUAAUUGCGAGGGUGCAUCUCAGUUUAUACUCCGCGGUGAUUCCCGUAGCUGUGACGCUUAUACAUGGAAGAGUAUGUUUAUCCAGUGUUAA